GACAUAUUAGUGAAUAACAAAUAAUGUCACUCGAGUCAAUGUAGAUCAUUUUUUGAAAAUAUCAAAAACAUUUUAUGAAAUAAGACCCAGAUAGUGGGAUAAUCACCUAUAAUUCUCCCACGAAAAGCCUGGAAAUGGCUUCUGCAGCGUUAGCAAGCCAUUUAAAAACUAAAUUAAUACCUAAAAGUGGGUACUUGAGCGUUGUUUAUAUCAAGUCUGCUCAAUACAGUUCUGAAGGCAAACCAAACCUAGCUGCUUACAAGCGAGGAACUGGUGGGCGCAGCAGUUUCAAUGGCAUCGUGGCAACUGUUUUCGGUUGCACAGGAUUUGUUGGUCGCUAUGUGUGUAAUAGGCUUGGCAAGGUUGGCACUCAGAUGAUUCUGCCAUACCGAAGUGACUUCUAUGAUGCAGCAAGAUUGAAGUUGUGUGGAGAUCUGGGUCAAGUAUUAUUUACACCCUUUGAUUUACGUGAUGAAGAGUCAAUAGCGAAAGCAGUACGUUAUUCUAACGUUGUGAUUAACCUAGUUGGGCGUGACUAUGAGACUAAGAACUUUAAAUACCAUGAUGUUCACGUGGAGGGUGCUAGACGUCUUGCUAGAAUCAGCAGGGAAAUGGGAGUUGAAAGAUUUAUCCAUUUAUCUUAUUUGAAUGCUGAGGAAAACCCUGUGCCAUUAGUGAUGAAGAAGCCAUCGAUGUAUAAGGUCAGCAAGUAUCUGGGAGAAUGUGCAGUGAGGGAAGAAUUCCCCACUGCCACCAUCAUACGAGCUUCUGACAUCUAUGGCUCAGAAGACAGAUUUAUUAGAUCGUUUGCGACAUUCUGGCGCCUCCACAGCAGGUAUAUGCCUCUGUACAAGAACGGCAAAGAGACGAUCAAACAGCCCGUGUAUGUAGGAGAUGUAGCGGCCGGAAUACUGGCCGCGGCGCGCGACCCGGACACCAGGUGCCAGGUGUAUCAGGCUGUUGGGCCAAGACGAUACAUGCUUAGUGACCUGGUAACCUGGUUCUACGCGCUUAUGCGGAAGGAUGAGAAGUGGGGCUUCCGCCAUUACGACAUGAAGUAUGACCCCAUAUUGUUCCCCCUGAAGGUGUGGCUGGCUAAUGCAUUGUCUCCAGCUUAUCCUUACGGUGGUCUGCACUGGGAUAGUCUUGAAAAGGAAGCAACUACUGACAGAGUAGUCAGAGGUGUACCCACCCUUGAAGAUCUUGGAGUGGUCUUGACACAUAUUGAAGACCAAGCGCCGUGGGAGUUGAAGCCCUACCGUGCCCAUCAGUACUACAUAGAUGAAAUUGGAGAGUUCCCGACCCCAGACCCGCCAAAAGUACAGACAGCUUUGUAAAUCAAUAACUUUGCUUUGAUCAUUAUUUAUAAAUAUUAUCUAAUUAUGAUCAAAAUGUAAAACAUUAAUAAAUUAUGAUUUGUUUAA